AGGUUGGCCAACCAGUGAAUGUAGUUGGCAUUUUCUGCAUUAACGUCUUUGUCUUUGUGUUMCAGGGGUGUCAGAACAGAGACCCGUCUGAUCAGAGCCAGGAAGAUGGCUUGUCUGCAGCUAACGAUAGGCAGUCUACAGCCCCACCGGCCGUAGUCAACUCAAAGACGCCAGACAAGAACCGCCACAAAAAGCCCAAAGACGUGAAGCCUAAGGUGAAGAAGCUGAAGUACCACCAGUACAUCCCUCCGGACCAGAAGGCCGAGAAGUCCCCGCCUCCCAUGGACUCGGCCUAUACCAGGCUCCUGCAGCAGCAACAGCUCUUCCUACAGCUGCAGAUCCUCAGCCAACAGAAACAUGCACACACACAUUCGCACACACACUCACAGUACACACACUCCCAACAUGCCCAACACACACACCAGCAUAGCUUCAACUACCAGCCUCUGCACCAGCCGGCCCUAGCCCAGAAACAAUCCAGUCAGCAGCUGAUGGUGUGUAGCUCCAGUUUUCCUACUAACACAGUCAACAGUAGCUCCUUGUCUUCAGUGAAGACCACAUACUCYGGUCAAACCAACGUCUCACCAGYCAAACCUGCUCCUCUCCCACCUAACCUGGAUGACCUGAAGGUGUCGGAGCUCAGACAGCAGCUGCGUAUCCGGGGCAUGCCAGUCUCAGGAACCAAGAUGGCCCUCAUCGAGAGACUCUGUCCCUUUAAGGACCACACCUCAAGCCCCUCCCAUUCAGGCUCCAAUGACAUUAGCACGGCCACCUUCCCUGUCACCCCCACGGGRUCCCUGUCCUCCUACCAGUCCCCCUCCUCCUCCAGCACCCUCUCCCAGGGCGGGUAUUACCCCUACCCCAGCACUUCCUCCACUCCACCCAUAUCCCCCGCUUCCUCAGACCUCUCCCUCAGCGGCUCACUCCCAGACAGCUUCAGCGGCAUGCCCAUGUCCUCCUCUCCACUGUUUUGCAUCCAGCCGUCCCCAGGCCACCUCAGCGCUGAGGAAGGUCAGGGGGGAGGGGGUUUGAGCGGGGUAGGACUGCAGGGAGGGGAGGUUGGAGGAACGGAGCGGGAGAAGGAGAAGAUUUUGGUGGAAAAACAGAAAGUGAUUGAGGAGCUGACGUGGAAGUUGCACCAGGAACAGAGACAGGUGGAGGAGCUCAAGAUGCAGCUGCACAAGAGGAAGCGUUGCCAUGGCGCCACACAGGAGGGUUUACUGGCUCCAUCCCAGCUCCACCACCUUCCCCUCCAGCAAUCCCCGUCCCUGAUGGGGCAACACUUCUUUGGGGUGACAGUCAAGCAGGAGCCCAUGUCCCUCUCCUCCAGCUGUCCCUUCUCCUCCCCCAAGCACCUAAAGAGUCCUCCAGGAAGCUGCAUGGAGGGGAUGGGCCAUUGCGGUGCCUCCCUGCCCAGUAUGGGGGACCCUGGUGGGCCACGAUGCCUGGAUCAGACCCCCUCCUCUGGAAGUCCCUCAGGCAUGUGUGCCUUCCUGAGCCCCCAGUGCUCUCCUGAAGACUCGCCCAUCACCAAGACGUCCAACAGCCCCCAGCCUUCCUCCCCCAACAACCCCUAYCUGCUGUCACUGCCGCUGGGCAGAGACGGGUGCAGCCAUCCCCUCAACCAGGCCACCACCAGGCCCUGCAACAUGCAGAUUCCCCAGAAGAAUGAAGGCCAGGCUGUAAACGGCUCCUAUCCCUCUGACCAGAGAGGCCUUCAGUCAGCRCUCCCCAACUCAGCCGACAACAGCCUGAACCACAGGGUCAACCAMAAGUCCAAGAACCCAAAUAUGCAGCAGAAGAUACCUAUAUUGCCCUGUCCCCAGCACGUUGGCCAAAAGUGCCCGGUCUCGUCCCCCGCCUUCUGUAGCUCAGAUGCAGCUGCAUCCGACUCUAGACAGCCCCCUUGCUAUGAGGAUGCAGUCAAGCAGCAACUGACCAGAAGUCAGCAGAUGGAUGAGCUUCUGGAUGUGCUCAUAGAGAGUGGAGAGAUACCAGCUAACGCCAGAGAAGAGAGGGAGAGGUCCUCUGUAACCAAAGUUGUGCCUCACAUUACAGUGUCCCCUGGAACCACCGACCUUGCCGAACCAAAGUUCCACCGAAGACACUACGAACACCUGUCCCCCUCCCAGCUCAAUUAUGACCACACAGUCAAUCACAUUGCAGACAGCCACCUGGAGACCCUGCUGGGAAGCCCCCUAGGCCGAGGGGGUGAGGUCGCCCUUCUCAAGAUGGCCGCAGAGGAAUCAGGGCAGGGAGAGGAGGGGGAUAUUGGACUAGAGGGCUACCCCGGUCCGAACCACCACCACCAGGACAAACUGCUCUCCAACAGGGGCCUGAUGGAAACCCCAACACCUCCAUCUCCCAUCCACUCCAAAGUGACGUCCGUGGCCGAGGUGCAGGGGUUGGUCGGCAUGACGUUUAGCGAGUCGCCGUGGGAGACGAUGGAAUGGCUGGACCUGACGCCCCCGAGCUUGGCUACGGGAUUCAGCUCUGUCCCUCCCACCGGGUCAAGCAUCUUCAACACAGAGUUCCUUGAUGUUACAGACAUCAACCUGAAUACAGCCAUGGACCUUCAUCUAGAGCACUGGUGAAACACCGGAGACUAGCUAUGGACCAGCUAGCCACUAUCUGGCUAGCAACCUACAAAAAUAACAAUAUUUUAUCAAUUUUGAAGACACUCUUUUCUAGAGUGACUUACAGGAGCAAUUAGGUGCCUUGCUCUGAUUUUUCACUGAGUCGGCUCAGGGAUUCAAACCAGCAACCUUUUGGUUACUGGCCCUACGCUCUUAACCGGUGGGCUACAUGCCAGCCCCCAACACAGCAGGAUACAAGCUAGCUACCUAGAAAACACAACAAGAGACUAUAGUGUCUAGCUACUAGCUAGCUACCUAGAAAACACAAGAGACUAUAGUGUCUACUAGCUAGGCUACCUAGAAAACACAACAAUAGACUAUAG